AAAAACCUUAUAAAAAAACGGAAACUACUCCCUUUGUUUUUCUUGUUAAGAUAUUUUUUUAAUUAAAUUUGGUGUAUUUUGCUCAUUAAUUUAUGCAUCCCACCCCACCUUGAAUUUCAAUUCUGCACGAAACCAAGAUAGAUAGACGGAAAGACAAGAUGAGAUUAGAGUAAGCUUAGUGAGGUGGCAAAAUGUGUAUGUUGAUCUGCAUAGGAAUAGAAAAGUAAAAAGCGAAAUUGGGGCAAUCUGAUCACAAAAAUAAUGGGUUUGAGAAGAAGUGGAAUUAUUAGGCUUGCUGCUUCAAUUUGCAGACCCAGACAGUUCUCUUCUCAAGGACAUGGAGAAGUGGGAAAAUCAAUGAAUCUUUUCUCUGCCAUUAAUCAAGCUCUCAAUAUUGCCUUGGAAACUGACCCUCGUUGUUAUGUAUUUGGAGAAGAUGUGAGCUUUGGCGGGGUAUUCCGCUGCACAACCGGACUGGCCGAACGCUUCGGCAAAAAUCGAGUUUUUAAUACUCCUCUUUGUGAACAGGGCAUUGUCGGAUUUGGCAUUGGUCUCGCAGCAAUGGACAAUAGAGCCGUAGCAGAAAUUCAGUUUGCAGAUUACAUCUAUCCUGCUUUUGAUCAGAUUGUCAAUGAAGCUGCAAAGUUUAGAUACAGGAGUGGGAAUCAAUAUAAUUGUGGAGGUUUAACAAUUAGAGCACCCUAUGGAGCUGUGGGACAUGGAGGACAUUAUCACUCACAAUCCCCUGAAGCCUUCUUUUGUCAUGUUCCUGGUAUCAAAGUGGUUAUACCUCGAAGUCCCCGGCAAGCCAAAGGAUUGUUAUUAUCAUGCAUACGGGAUCCAAACCCUGUUGUAUUUUUUGAACCAAAAUGGCUUUAUCGCUUAUCCGUAGAAGAAGUACCUGACCAUGAUUACAUGUUACCAUUAUCAGAGGCAGAGGUGAUCCGAGAAGGCAAUGACAUAACUCUUGUUGGUUGGGGAGCACAACUGGCUGUCAUGGAGCAGGCCUGUAUUGAGGCAGAGAAGGAAGGAAUAUCCUGUGAACUUAUUGACCUGAGAACGUUACUACCCUGGGAUAAGGAAACAGUGGAGGCUUCGGUUAGAAAGACCGGAAGACUUGUCAUCAGUCAUGAAGCUCCUGUGACGGGAGGUUUUGGUGCAGAAAUCUCAGCGUCCAUUAUCGAACGAUGUUUCUUAAGGUUAGAAGCUCCUGUGACAAGAGUAUGUGGUCUGGAUACACCGUUUCCUCUAGUUUUUGAACCAUUUUACAUGCCCACAAAGAACAAAAUUCUGGAUGCAAUCAAAUCAACUCUCAAUUACUAGGAGCUGGCUAGCUCGUUUGGGAUUCAAUCAUAAGUGGGAAGAGUUGCAAAAUUCAUCACUGUCAACUGUGAAAAUCCAUUUAGAGUUGCAUGUAUUAUUAUUUUCUAUUUCAUGUGGUCUUUAAAUAUCAUUUUCCCCAAAAAUACUACUUUUACUCUAAA